AAAAGAAGAAGAGGAGCAAACACCCGCCAAGCGCAACCAACCGUUGUCAACAAACCACCCAGCUGUCUGCUUCAGUUUGAUCAAAAGAGCAGCAUCUCUUUCCUUUUCUUGUUCGAAGAAACAGCCGUACUGUAACAGCCAGAGGCUCUGCCGCUCGUGGUGUAUGUGCAUCGUCGCCCAUGGGCCCUUCGGACCGAUAGCUGGCAUUUCCGGCACUCUGUGAAGACUUGCCGAGGUGUCCCAUCGCCGGCCCAUCGCCACACCAUGGGCAGUUCAGAUGUGGGCUGCGUUGGCCCCGCACGGCGGAGGAGGUCACUCGUCGACGACUGGGUAGCUGGGAGGGCCACUGAGGAGCACAGCACCGGAGGGAGCCAUGCACCUACCGCAGGACGUGAUCGAUGCUCUCUGUUUGUGAUGAUGAUGAUGUUGUUGUUUGUGUCGGUGUAGUUCCGCAAUGGUUGUCCUUCCCCCCUCCCUCCCUCUCCCAUGUCGCCUGAACGCACUCAAGUGAGACGACUAUGACCCGGGCACACACACGCACACGCACACACACACACGCUGUGGUGCGUUCAUGCCUGUCGCUCUGUGUUCUUGUCUGUCUGUGGAUCGCGCCACCAUCGACCAGGCGCCAAUGUCGCUCCCGAGUGCUCGGGUGAGACAGCAGAGCGAAGACACACGCACAACGAGCAGAGCAGCCAACGAGAGCACUACCACGGCACGGCAGACAACGCUUCGCUGUCUCUCUCUCUCCUGUCUGUGUUGCCUGUGGUGUGGUUACAGCGUCAGAUGAGCCCCUUCGGCACCGACUGCCCCCGCCCGGUGGCGUCACGUUCUCACACUCAGGAGCCCGUCGAUGGCGAUGUCUGGUCUGGCGUUGGCAACUUCGAGGAGCAUCUGCUGUGGGCCUUGAUGCACCGGCGCGGCACGAGGCGGCUGCCGGGCUUUCGCCUGGACCUCAAAGUCAGAGAGGUGAGGAGGGAGAAAGGGAGAGAGGGAGGAAAAGCCAUCCAGACACACGGAGGGAGGCACACAGGGAGGGAGCCAUGUAUGUGUUGGAUGUGUGUGUGUUUCCGCACGCACAGCCUGGUGACCAGAUCAAGACGGCCCUGUCGCGGAAGCUGCCCUUCGAUGCGGUGCUGUAUCGGGUGCCGGACCCCCCGCCCCUCCCCACGUCCCUCUCGUCGCCAGGCAUCAUCCCACACCCCUCACACCCGUCACUCGCCUCGCCGUGGAGCGACAGACCCACCCCUGCGGCCGACGCGGACCCCACCGCCAUGUGGGCGUCGCAGGUGCCGUACCUGGCUGCUAUAGACCUCACACAGGAGUGCAGCUUCCCCGGGCUCAAGAUUCCCGCCAAAGGUGGGUGGGUUGGGUGAGAGAGAGAGCUUGGCGCGGAUGGUUUGGUUGAUGGAUGGAUGGAUGGUUGUCUGUGUGUGUGCAGGCAGUGUGCAGCUGAUACUGCAGAACCCCGAGGGGACGCCUCUGCGGUGGUUUGUGGUCGACUACGACCUCACCGACAUGCCAAAGGUGCGCACCGCAAGCCAUCGGCAGGGCAGCCUGUGGGCACUCUGAUGCCUGUGGGCACUACUCUCUCUGUGUGUGUGUGUUUGGCUUGGCGGUCCUUGUUCAGGGCACCCACACUUUUGUGAGGCAACGAGUGAUCGGUGAGAGAGAAAGGGGCACUCCACUGCCCUGCACCCACAAAUGUAGUGUGCCUGCCACAAACGUUGUGCGUGUGUUCGUGUGUUCAGAGGACGGCCGUGAGUACGCCUGCCAGCUGCACAUUGUCUCGCCAUCAACCAACCGGUAGGUACCAUGGCCACUGCACUGCCACUAGGGGCCCAUGCCAUGUGGCAUAGAUAUCAGUCAGUCCGUCUGUGUGUCUGUCUGUCUGUCUUUGUCAGAUAUUACAUCUACGGCGUCCUCCGUCUGCUCUUCCACCUGCGCGUUGACAACGAACCCAACGAGCCGAGCUCAGACACCCCAAACAUCCCCCGCGCCACCUCUCCCCCCUCCCACCCACUCCCCACACCAACAGCAGCAGCACCCGACUCGCCCCCGCCGGCGCGCAGACACCAUCACCACCACCACCACCACCACCACAACCACCACCACCAGCACUAUCCCACAUCGCCGUUCAGGUCAAAACGCCCCGCGGCCAUCAGAUUGCCGCCCGCGGCGGCAAAGAGCGGCGUGUGCGAGACUUCGGAGGGCGACACGAGCACCAACUGCUGCGCCGGCUAUGACAUAGAGCGGGUGGAGGACAGUGGGGGGAAGGGCAAGGGGGGCGUGUUCGUCGGCGGCAGCGGGACCCGCGUCAAUCGUCGGGUCUUGUAUGAGUACCCGACCACCAGGGGGGCUGGGGGAGGUGGUGGUGGGCGGUACUUGGCGAUGCCGCGGCACGAUGUGCGUGCGAUGAAGCGGAUGAUCCUGGAGAAGCAGAAGAACAAGUGGGGCGGCAGCCACGCCAGCAGCACUUCCACCUCCACAUCAGGUACCUGACGUGACUCCGGAAGGAAGAUACACACACCAGACAGACGCCACACGAAGGAAGGGCCUCUCUGUUUCUGCCUUUCUGCCUGCCUGCCUGCAGCGGUGCCGUCAUCUCCGUGUGAGACCUCGCCAUUGUCGUCGUGGUCUCCUUCGCCAUGCAUCUCGCCCCCCGAGUCGCCAAGCUGGCCUCUCGACACAUUCACCCUCCCCGGCCACGCACAGGCUGACACAGAGGGACCCGCCGCAGACGGCAAACGUAAGAAAAGACCUUCCUUCAACACAGACAGGGUGGACAGGGUGGAUGCGGCUGUGCGUGUGUGGUGUCCCGUGGAUCAGUGACGGAUUUGUCCAGUCUGUGUGAGACCGACUCGGCCGACGGCGAGUCGCUGUGCUCACUCGGGCCGCCCUCCCCUCCCCUGUCCCUCUCAUGUGCCGUCGAUGCCGCCCUCUCACUGCCGGACGCGCAGAUCCCGCCAUUGCUGAUCGACGGCGACACACAGGGGCAGGACAACGUGGUCAUCACCAUGACUGUCCAGCCCCACGUGCCCCUCCACCCCUUCGCCACGCCCCCUCCCUCCCGCCCCAAUGACCCUCCCGCGGCCCUGGCAAUGCGCGCCGAGUCAGAGGACAAAGUGGCCACCCGAUGGUGUGGCGAGAAGGGGCGGAUGGUGCGGCUGCAGAAGGGGCGGUCGAGGUCCUUCGAGGUCGAGACACCCCAGAGCAGCGGCGAGGGCCAGCAGGGACAGGGGAGAGGGCGGUCGGUGUGCAAAGGCACUCAGUCGGUGUGUGAGAGCUGCACGGGGGGACUGCAGAAGACCAUCAUGGAGGUCACGCGGGAACUGCAGGAGGAGAGAGGACAGACAGACCGGCGGUCCUAGAUAGAUGCACUCACUGACUUAGCGUAAAGAAACUGCCUGUCGUGCGAGAGGACAGACCGGCGCUCCUCGGCGCCUAUUUUUUGACAGACAGACGUGGAUGGAUGGAUGGAUGGAUGGAUGGAGAUCAGAC